CUUCCCUUAUUUGGCCCUCCAGGUGAUAAGAGGAAUACAUAACUGAAGGAUUACAGGACAGCCAGGCAGCAGUUGGAAUAUCCAAGCAGUCAGGAGAUGGCCAGCCGGAAGGCAGGAACUCGGGGGAAGGUGGCGGCUGCCAAGCAAGCCCAACGGGGAUCUUCCAAUGUCUUCUCCAUGUUUGAACAGGCACAGAUCCAGGAGUUUAAGGAGGCAUUCAGCUGCAUUGAUCAAAAUCGAGAUGGCAUCAUCAGCAAAUCAGAUCUGAAGGAGACCUACUCCCAACUAGGAAGAGCAAAUGUGCCUGAGGAAGAGUUGGAUGAGAUGCUACAGGAAGGCAAAGGUCCAAUCAACUUCACAGUCUUUCUCACACUCUUUGGGGAGAAACUCAAUGGAACUGACCCUGAAGAAUCCAUCCUCAGUGCUUUCCGCAUGUUCGAUCCCAGUGGCAGUGGGGUUGUCAACAAAGAAGAGUUUAAGCAGCUCCUUCUCUCCCAGGCAGACAAGUUUUCUCCAGCAGAGGUGGAACAAAUGUUUUCAUUGACACCUAUGGACCUAUCAGGAAACAUCGACUAUAAAUCCCUGUGCUACAUCAUCACCCAUGGGGAUGAGAAGGAGGAGUGAAAGGCUGUGGAGAGAGGGGAGGCAGCAGAGAGCCAAAUUCAAUAAAACUUAGAUGCUAAGAUCUAA